AUGUUGAACAAGAGUCUGCUCUUCCUUUUUUACGUCCUUUACUUGUUGACCUUUUCGGACACAUCCUUUUGUAAAACAUUGGGUGGAAGUUUUUGUUUAUUUAAUGAAGAUUUCAUUCGAGAAAGACACAAUGAGUUGAGAUUGAAACACAACGCGGAGCCCCUGUUUUGGAGCACACAACUGGAAAAGGCAGCAGAUGAUGAAGCCAAACUGAUAAAGGAAAACUUCAAUUGCAUUGUAAUGAUAAAACAAAUAAAUACAAAUUAUUUUACUAUUUCUCCGAAUAGCAAAAAUGAAUCUGCUGUAGAUUCAUGGUAUGAGGGAAUUAACAAUUAUGAUUUUGAGUUAGGACCCAUUAACAGAGAUGAUGAUAGAGUUUUUGAAUUCACCAAUAUUGUGUGGAAUAGCGCAGAGCAUAUCGGUUGCUCUAGUGCCUGCUGCAGCAAGACGGGUGUCUUAAUCUGUAAAUAUGAUAAUUACACGAACAGACCUGGUAUGCACAUUAAGUACAUGAGCGCUAAAAAACUUUUUAUUUAUUUUUUUUUUAAUAAGUGA